AUGGCGCCCAUCAAGAAGGACUUCGAAAUCGCCAUUAUCGGCGGCGGAAUAGCCGGAGUCGCCUUGGCCAUUUCGCUCGUCAAGCGCAACAUUCCUUGCACCAUAUACGAAAAAGCGCACGCCUUCGGCGAGAUCGGUGCAGGAUUGGGCAUCACUCCGAAUGCCACCAGAGCCAUGAAGGCUUGCGACCCCGUCAUAUACCAAGUUUUCGAUAGGGUCGCGCAACCAGCUAUUCUUUGGACUUUCUUUGAUGGUUCAGAUGAGAAGAAAGACGAUGAGCCCAUUUUCACCCUCGGAGACGCAGAGACCGGUAUCAGGGGCUGCCACAGGGCUCAUUUCCUAGACGGAAUGAUCCAGCACCUUCCAAAAGACAUGGCCAAGUUCAACAAACAAUUGGACCGUAUUGAAGAGUCGUAUGGUUCUUCAGGAAAACUGAGAAUGGUGUUCCAGGACGGUUCUACUGCCGAAGCAGACGCCAUUGUCGGAUGCGACGGAAUCAAGUCUCGCACCCGCGAAAUCGUCGUGGGAAGCGACCAUCCGUCUGCGACAUGCGGGUUCACGCACAAGCACUGCUAUCGCGGCUUGAUUCCAAUGGAAGAGGCUCUAGAGGUAAUUGGAAAAGAAAGAGCAAUGGGUUCAAACCUGUGGUCUGCCAAUAAGCGGCAUAUAGUGACCUACCCAGUAGCAAACGGUACCAUCCUGAACAUAGUGAUGCAUUGCACAAGCGAUGGGGACUGGCCCAGCAGCACGAAUUUUGUUCUACCAGUCGGAGAGGAAGGCUGUUAUGCGGAUUCUGAGGGCCUAUCCCCCAGAUUACGACGAUUGGUCAAGAGGAUGAAGUCUGUCGACAGGUGGGGAUUAUUCGACCUCGGGGACCACCCUGUUCCGACCUUUUCCAGAGGGCGCAUCUGUCUCAUUGGCGAUGCUGCGCACGCGAGCACACCUCACCAGGGCGCCGGCGCCGGACUUUGUAUCGAGGAUGCCGCUACCCUGGCGUCGUUACUGGCCGAUGACCGAGUUGAAGGUCGGGACGACAUCUCGGCGGCCUUCGCAGCAUAUGAUCAGUGUCGUCGAGAUAGAGGACAUCGACUUGUGGAGGGAAGCCGGCGCAUUGGGGAGCUAUACGAGGGUCAGACCGAGGUUGGAAAAGACUUUAAAGCUAUAGAAAAUGAAGUCCGGAUAAAGGCAAAGGACAUAUGGGAGUUCGACAUUAACGAAAGCAUCCAUCAUAGCCUGGAUGAUUUAGGGAGACGUCUGGCGGUCAAGACGGGGGCAACGAACUACAUGCAGGGGAACUUCCGUGCGGGUUUGUAG